CGCUCCUUAAAUCACCAAUUUCUCUUCCCCACCCCCUUCCUUUGAUUUCAAAGAGUCUUAAAAUGCGUGUCAUCGCCAAUUCCCUUCGCUCGAUCCCCUCUUUACGCCUGGUCCAGAGGGCCGUUGCUCGACCGUUAUUUAAAGUCCCGGGCAUUAGGCAAUUGAGCUCUACCCUCCCCCGCAGGAUCGAAGACGCCCCCGGCCCGUACCAGUUCCAGGAGCGUUUGAGGCUUGGCUCUAGGGCGCCGAACUUCACGGCCGAGACUACGCAUGGGAGGAUUGACUUUCAUGAGUUCUGCCCCCCCCCUUCUCCUCGCCCCAUUCCACUUCUAGGGGGACACAAUAGCUGAUAAGGAAGCAGAUUCAUUGGUGACAGCUGGGUAGUCCUAUUCUCCCACCCAGCUGACUUCACGCCUGUCUGCACAACGGAACUCGGUGCCUUCGCGAAGCUCGCCCCCGAAUUCGCAAAACGCAAUGUUAAGCUCAUCGGCCUCUCCACCAACGGGCUCGCCUCGCACGACCAGUGGACCCGCGACAUAGACGAGGUCACCGGAUCCUCCUUCCAUGGUUCCCGGCCCACGGAGUCCUUCCCCAUCAUCGCCGACGAGAAGUGCGAGGUUGCAUGGCUGUACGAUAUGGUUACAGCCCAGAAUUCGAUGAAUAUCGGCCAGAAGGGAAUUGCGUUUACUGUUCGCACUGUCUUCGUUAUUGAUCCGAAGAAGACGAUUAGGCUUACCAUGAACUAUCCUGCAUCCACGGGGAGGAAUUCGGCGGAGGUGUUGAGGGUUGUCGACUCUCUGCAGAUGGGUGACAAGAACGGAGUAGUGACGCCGAUUGACUGGCAGGUUGGGCAGGAUGUUAUCGUUCCACCAACCGUUACUACUGAGGAUGCCAAGGUGAAGUUUGGAGAUGAGAAUGUUAGGGUGGUUAAGCCGUAAGUUUUUUUCCUUUUGACUUGCAUUUUGUUCACUUUUCUUGCUUCGGGAGAAGAGAGCUAAUCGGUAUUUGGACUCAGAUACUUGAGAUUCACUACCCUGGGCAAGUAGAAUGUUAUCUGGGGCGUCCCUUAGUGCGGCAAUCAAAUACAUAUUUUUGCGGUAUCUAAUUAUUUUUAGAUAACUAACUGUAUAGUUAACCACAAAUACUACACUUUAGAAAAGUAAUGCAAUCACAAGGCUAUUGUUUUCAGAUAG